AUGACUCUGGUUAAUCAAAAUACCAGUCAGAGUGAGACUCUGGAAAAUACCCAUAAUCCUCAAGUUUCUUUUGAAAACUCUUUAGAAAAUGUAGAAGAACAUUAUUAUAGCUCUGACUAUAAUGAUGACGACGAUGAGUACUUUUCCGAUGAAGAUCCACAGUUCCUUGACUCGGACUUUAGCCAUGACAUUUCGGCCAGCAGCUCUGGAUCAUUGACUCAGCAAUAUAAUCGUCAACGUACUCUGCUUCAAACCAAAUCAGUUCCAAGAUUUAACCCCAAAGGUGGUUCAGCAUCUGCCGCUACUGUAGCUUCACAUGAACUUCAACGUGCACGCGACGCUGCCAUUGCCAAAGCCACAAGUGAACUAGCCGAAACUCAUCUCGUUGAGCCCCAAAGCGACAAUGAAGACAAUAAUCAACAAGAUGGUUUGUCUGGUUCUAAAAAUGGAUCCGUAAAUUCAUACCAUCCCACAGCAGAACAACUGGCCCUACUGGCUGCCCGUAUAAAGAUUGCAGGUAGUAACACCGCAAUAACUGGUGCAUCACCCAUUACAGGAUCUGGAGGGUCUGGUGGAGGGUCUUCCGGUGGAUCUUCUGCAAAGGGCUCGGCAAGAGAUGAUCGUGCCAACCGUGCAACCACAGAACAGGUGCUGGAUCCUCGUACACGUAUGAUUCUUUUCAAAAUGAUUAAUCGCGGCGUUGUUUUCGAAAUCAAUGGCUGUAUUUCCACAGGCAAGGAAGCAAAUGUGUACCAUGCCAUGACAGAAGCCAGUGCUCACCGUGCUAUUAAAAUUUACAAAACCUCUAUUCUAGUUUUUAAAGACCGUGAUCGCUACGUCACAGGUGAGUUCCGUUUCAGAAACGGUUACUCGAAACACAACCCACGCAAAAUGGUUAAACUAUGGGCUGAAAAGGAGUUUAGAAACUUGCGCAGAAUCAAAACAAACUCAGAUAUUCCUGUCCCAGAACCUUUGUUUUUACGUCUUCAUGUUUUGGUUAUGGAAUUUCUCGGAACUAAAAAGGGCUGGCCAUCUCCUCGUCUUCGCGACGCCGACGCAACUAUUGCAGCCGAAUGUGAAGAUAAUGAUGAUCUUAUUGAUCAAAAGUUUCAACUUCUUUACUACCAGUUAAUUGCUUACAUGCGCAUUCUUUAUCAGCAAUGUAAACUGGUACAUGCAGAUUUAUCUGAGUACAAUAUUCUCUACCACAAGAAAAAGCUUUGGAUCAUUGACGUAUCCCAAUCUGUCGAACACGAUCACCCCCACUCACUUGAGUUUCUGCGCAUGGAUAUUAAAAAUGUCACUGAUUAUUUCCGGAAAAAGGGCCACUGUCCUGUUCUUUUCAGCGAGCGCCGCCUCUUUCAAUUCAUCACUUCAACUACUCUGAUACACACCUUCUUUUCUGGUGAAGAAGCUGAAAAGCUCCCUCAUCCAGAAUCCAUCGAUAUGAAGCUAGAAACAACACCAUAUCUUGUGUCAGUACUGGAAUCUCUUCCUAAGGAAAACCUUACCGAACAGGAUCUUGCAGAUGAUGCUAUUUUCCGUGAAGUUUACAUUCCACAAAAUUUGGAACAAGUCUACGACAUUGAGCGCGACAUUGAACUCGUCUCAAAGGGUAAAGGAAAAUCACUCAUUUAUGGUGACAUGCUCAAUAAGAAUCUGAAUCUUAAUGCUGAUAAUGAUGAAGCAUCACACAAGCAUGAUGACAUGCAUGCAGUGCAUGAUGAAGAAAAUGAGGGUAAUGCCGAGAAAGAGGAUGAUAAUGAUGAUAAUGAUGAGGAGGGGGAUUCAGAGAAUAACAACGACGACGACGAAGAAGAAGAAGACGAUGAUGAUAAUGAAGACGAAGAUUCUCAAGGUCGAAAGUUUAAGGACCGUGAGGCUAACAAGGAACGCAAAAAGCAGCUUAAGGAAGAAGCUCGCGAAAAGCGUUCAAAAAAGAUUAAAAAGCACAUGAAGCAAAAAAUCAACGAUGCUGCUUCCAAGAAGAAAAAGAAACAACUCAAGGCUGCUGCUGAAAAGGCUCAUUAA